GAGAGCAGCGAGCAGGUGCUUCAACAUGUGCAAACCAACACACACACACCUGUUUGCGAGCUCCCACGUGAGCAGAGGGGGAACCUGUGUAUUUAGGCCAACCUUGUCUAAAUUAGAGGGUUUGGAACGUAUUGAACAUAACUGGAAGCCGGACAAGUGGAUAUUGUUGCAGGAGCAGUUGGAGAAGUUGCUGUGGAUGUUUUAAACAGCUCACUGUCGGGAUCCUUUAUUUACCAACAAGACUUGAAACUGACUUCGGCGUCGUGCUCCACGAGGAGUGAAACCACAGCCACGUUUCUUGCCUACAGCGGGAAUUAAAGCUUCUUUGACUGUUGCCACUUUCCACAACUUAACUGUAAAUGAAAGAGGAGGCGUCCACUUUAACCUGCUACCGACAGACUUCCCGAUACUCGUGGCGGCUACAAGAUGCAUUUGAUCCAAACAUACCGGAGGAGGGACCAUCAGCGCCCCCUCCUGGCUGGCUGGAUGACAUACAUGGAUACCAGGGCCACAAAGGAGGACAGGAUGAUAACCCGUUGUACCCACCCCCCCCUCCCUACAGCCCCCAGCCUGAACUCAACAAGAACACUCUGGUGCCCAACGUCAGGGUCCCCACGAUAUCUGAGGAUGAGGCCAGAGAUGCCCUGCUCAAGUUCGUUCAGUCGAAAUGGACGUACAGCUCCAAGCCCGCCAGGAACCUCACCUUCAAAGAGCUCAAACCCAUCACUGUCUACAGGUAUCGACUGGAGACCUACACUGAGACCCGAACCAGCGCCUGGCAGUUUGAACCCUACAAUGGACAAAUGGUGGAUGGUCCUCAGUUCGGUAUGUGCCCACCACCGUGGGACAUCCCAGUGACAUUACCUCAGAGAUACACCAGCAUGGUGGAGAAGAUCCGCGUGCCGCACACGUCCUUCGUGAAGCUGUGUCACACAUGCAACGGCUGUGGGAAAACCCGGUGCACUAACUGCAGUGGUAGAGGCCGGAAGCUUUGUUUAAACUGUCACGGCAGAGGACACAAAAAGCGUUCUGGGAAUCGCAAGAAGUCAUCUGGGAGGAGAGUUUGCCCAUCUUGUCACGGGAGAGGUCGUAAGAGGUGUAUCUCCUGUCAGGGCCAGGGCUACAAGACCUGCUCUGUUUGUCACGGCAGCCAAAACCUGCUGCAUUUCAUCCUGCUCACUGUUACGUGGAAGAACAACGUAGACCAGUUCAUUCCUGAUCGCCAGCCCGACUUCCCCGACAAGAAGUUUCAGCGGGUGACGGGAGAUCCUUUCUUCAUCGAUGAGAAUGUUCUGGUGUAUCCUAUCCAGGGCUUCCCCGAUCAGGAGAUCUGCGAUGCCUCCAUGAAAAUGAUCAACGAACACCUGAAUCGCUUCAGUUCCACCAGCCGCAUCCUGCAACAGCGUCAGACCAUCGAGCUGGUGCCCCUGACUCACGCUUAUUACUCUUACAAAGGAAAAGACCGGAGCUACUUCGUCUACGGAACGGAGAACAAAGUUUUUACCUCCAAAUAUCCCUCUGCAUGUACGAUCUUAUAAGUAACGCGCCGCACAGACGUUCAGACAGAUGCUGAAAAUCUGCUGUAUGGACUCAAGGGGGUUAAGUGGAGAUAACGGCCAUUAACGUCCCGCAACCCCGAAGACCAACACGUCUUUGCACGUGACUCCUCCUUCAGUAUCAGAAUACGGAUAUUGUCUCUAAGUAUGUUAGAGCAGCUUCGUGAUGCUCUUAAAAUAAUGUGUGAAAGAUCGGGAACAUUGCAUUUUUCAAAUUAUGCUCAGAGUGGUGUGACGAUCGGCGGGCGUCUGAACGUGGGCUUCAGAAGCGAGUGUUUGUUUAGAGUUUCUAGUGUAUGUGUCGAUGUGACCUCUAGACCAGUGUAACUAUGUUUAUCCUUCACGAUCAAUCUCACAUAUGUACCAGUAUAAUCCUAGGAGCCUGCAGGUGUCGACGGUCGACGUUUUGAUCGUUUGUGUGAACAAAUGAACGAUUCGUACCCUUGGUUUACUAAGUGAUGACCUCAGUUGCUCUGUUAAUUCCCUAAAACUAGUGUCAUGACGUGACCAUAACAGCAGGAACAGAGGCUGCAGGUUUUUGUGGCUGCUCCAGUCGAUCGUUUCUGCAAUCAGAGUGUUUACAACAGGCCGCGUUUACAAUUGUAGCGGUUGUACGGCAUUCGUUCCGUUUUUCUCUACACUCUCUCAGACAUGCAUGCCGUUUGUUUUAAUUUUUUGAUCAUUAUGAUGGAUGUUGUUUCAGCACUCACCGGUUUACCUUCGCUGCAGAGCUUCGGCUGCUGGUUAGUGCCGCCGCGUGACACGGUGUACAAAGUCCUCAACAGUAGAGACGCCCCUGUUAGCAUUAGCCUGCGGGCUAACCUGCUGUAGUGGUGGCCGAUCUAAACGGGCCGCUUGGGUCAUAGUAUCGUAUUUGGAUUUUGGGCUGAGAUUCAUGGGGUAGUGAGCUUUUGCCUUUUUUAUUUCAUUUUAUUUUUUUUUCUGUAAAUUUGUGCUCGCUAGUCAAGAAUUCAGGUCAGGGUUGGGCAAUUUGUAUGUCCAUAUGUAUUCUGCAUGACAUUUGUCGGCCACCAGAGGUUUUGCUCUCUAUUGUCGAGGUCGUUCUCCCUUAAAUGUCUCCAGUCGUGUUUGUCCACCUCCAGUGGAAGUCGGUGAGCAGGACCGAUCGAUCGGCGCCCUGUUGCCUCACUGUUAUGAAGUACCUUCAUUUGUCACGUACGCAGUUAACGGGAUUAGCCAGUUAUUGUACUCUGUCUAUAGACAGUUACUUGAUUGAAUUUCCAGAAAGUAUGAAUUUUAUAAAAUUUAUAUCACUUUUGUGAUGUAAAGUGAAACACACUAUGCUGUAAUGGACUUUAACCAUGUCGCACAAACCUAACUGGAGGUUACAAAUCAAGUAAAUAAUGUAUGAAUUAUUAAUUCUGUCGUAUUGCAUCAGAGGUUUUACCCUUGAUUUCUAUCAGGCUCCAUGUAAUCCAGUAUAAUCUAGUAAAUCAACCGUGUGUGUCCCAACGCCUCCUACCUCCUUACUGUCAGGGCAGGCCCGGCGUGUUUUCUGUGGCCGCCCUGCGCUGUGCUUCGCCGCCGGUGCUCGCUUUUUAGAAUUCAGCGCUGAACGCUUCUGCAUCUCCCUCAGUCAAUCGUCGGUUCAGAACCCUCCAGUUGGUAUCCGCGGACAAGACUCCGGCAUUAUGUGGCCAAGCGAUAACAGGUCAUCUUGUCACUGUAGCUCUGAGUCGAUCUAUAGACGCCUUCGCUGUCACAUCCAAAGCGGACAAAUAUCAGAAGCCAUAAAAUGUCAGAUUCUCAGUGAUUUUAUAUUUCAUGUCUGUUUUUACUUCUGUUUUUCUUCAUGGGCCGAACCACAACUGGAUGUAAACCUUUCUGGACAUAGAUAAUCCAUCUUUUUAUACUAUACGUAGUUUAGUUCCUUCCUCCUACAGACAGUGGAAGCCUGUGCAUUUCACAGAAUAUCAGUAGAGUGAACAGUCAGUUCCUCUGCACCGAUCCAUGUUGUUAACACGGUAAAUUCUCCCUACUAUUUUCCCUCUGUUGUUAUUUUAACAUCUGUCUAUGCAUCUCUCAUCUGGCUCUUCUGUUCCUUCCUCUUUGGUUUUUAACAGGAUUAUUGCCCAGUUUGUUUUGGAUAAAGUAACAAGAAGGCGAAUCACCAAAAUCUCUCGUCUGCCCUGGUCUUGAAUGGGGCUCACUCUGGUCUCAUCUUAGCCGUGACUUGAUCCCGACCGUCUGAAAUGACUAGUCGAUUAAGGGUUUAGUCGUUCGGCAGAAAAAUAAUCAGCAGCUAUUCUUAUAACUGAUCGAUUUUUGUCAGUUUCCAAGCGGAAAUGACCUCGUUCCAGCUUCUCAGCUGUGAAGAUUUUCCGCUUUUCUUCCUCUUGCAUGAUGGUAAACUGAAUAUCUUCAGGUUUUAGACUCAGCCGGUCAGAGAAAACAGGCUACAGGAAGACGACACCUUGGGCUUGAGGAAAUUACCUUCUCCGGCAUUUUCUAGACCGAAUGAAUGAUUGGCAGAUGAAUCGGUAUUGAAAACAUUUGUUAGUUGCAGCCCCUACCCAAGCCAAAGAUUAAACAAAAUGUUGUCACGAAUGUUUGUUGGCUUUAUAUUGUAAAGGCCGAUGAAGAGAUUCGGCAUCGGAACAUGUUGAGGAUAAGCUGACGCGAUUUUAGUGGUGACGGUGAUCCAGUGGUGGAGUUUUUAAAAUGGAUGACUGGUACUUAGCCGGUAUCAUACCAGUCACACGUUGUUGCUUGCUGGAGCAAGUCGCUGAACUGACACGUGUGCCGGUUGGAUAUAAACUCACGCUCACGAGGAAAGUACUAAACGUACAGUAGAUGAGCUGUUUUUGGAGGCUGGAGGCUGAAGACUCGUUCUGACUCUGCUGACUUCAGGUUUUGUGUUCUGCUGUCGGUGUCUGUUCCUUUCAGGAAAACAGAACAAAAAAAGCGAUUCGCUUCUUUAAAGACUAAACAAACCUUUAACACCGCGCUGAAAAAUGCACGUUAAAUACAACAAAACGAGCUUUUAAAGCCACAGGCCAAAUUCCAGAGAGACCCAUGAUCGCAGUUUACUCCUGAUACGUUUCCUUGAUAUACAAUGAAGACCGGCUCUCUGUCUCAGGAAUCUCACCGUUUGUUCCGCAGCAUUUGAUGCUGGCUCUCCUCCUCCAGCCUGCGGAUCAUAGACGACUCUUCAUAUUAAAACUUUUCUGUCAGUGGGGAUUUCAACGUUUAAAUCUGUGGUUUUUCUUUCCUUCGGCUCUGCUGUGUUCAUCAAACUCUGGCAUCUCAGUUCACAUCAGCAGCAAAUCUUCAUUCAUCUUUCACAGAAGACAGUUUUCAGCUUUUUUUUCUAUGUCUGACAAUGUCUCAGUGACUAUUGAAGGAUUUUACCAGUUUGAAUUUUAGAUGUAAAAGUAAAAGAAUCUUUUGUUAGGAGAAGUGAGGCUAAGAAUAUAUGGAUGUGCUCAAAUAGCUCGCUGCUUCCAGUAAUGAAGUACAUUUACAGCCUCUGGCCCAAACUCACUCAUACCCUCCGUGUUUGUCUCCACGUAUUAACGACGGGAAAACUAUGAAAACCACUUCUGUCCUCCGCAUACUUCUCUGUCGUGUGCGUCGUGUGAUCCAGCCGUCUCUGUCGAAUGCCUGAAAGAAACCGCGGCGAAAGCCACAGUUUAAAAGUCUGCCGUUGUUUUAUUAAAAAACAUAACAAAACCUGUCAAAUGUAUUUGGUAAAGAUGUCACAAAU